UACCGCCCAUUCCAAAGGAAACACCGUAUCCAUCUUCCAUCCAUCCAUCCAUUCAAUCGGCUCAUAUACGAAUAACAUGAAACCGUGAGCAACACGACAAGAUUUCACCACACAAUGCGAGGACACAACACCUCACGGGAAAUAUGAGACCGGCAGAGCUGGGUGAGGACAAACUGCAACCGGCAUGUUGACGUUUUCCGCUGCUGAAACCGACUGACCGAAUUCAUGGCACACAAGAACCCGGGAAGAUCCCACUGCAAACAAGGACAGGAUACAAAUUCGGCCGAGAGAGUCAUUGUGAUGCUUGAUCACAUAGAAAAACGUGUAGAACUUUUACGUGAACAUGCGGCAUCCCUGGAGCAAGAAAAAGAAGCCCUGCUCACCAUGCUGAACACAAUUCGAAACAAGGAAGAUAUCAGCCUCAUGAGCGAAGGUGAACGAGAGGAUAUUGCGCACACGACAGAACGUCUCCUGAGCCGAGCACUGUCUGUGGACAUCUCAGUGAUGACUCCGAGGAAUGAAUUUCAGAAGGCUGCCUUAAUGAAAGUGGAGAAUUGGAUAGAUUGCCUCCUAACUCGCGUCAAGGAGGACCCAGUUGCAGCGCGCAUUGCUUGCGAGUCGUACUUAAAUGCCUGCAGUACGGAAAGCAGCGGCCCAGCCGAUCAGCGGUUUCAGCACGCAGUCAUUGAAUGCACGGCCGACGACCAGAAGAAAACUCGCAAGCGUCUCCAAUCCAUCCUCACUGCCAUCAUGCAGGUUGAGCGAGAGAAGACAUGAACUGGAUCUCCGUAUGUGCAAGGAUUUAAUGCCACAUUGUUGAAUUAAAAGUCCUAGUCUCGCUGUAAAGUACGGGAUGAGAAAUAAGAGUAUUUGUUGCAGAUUGUAGAGAACUGUUUCUUUGUGCAACUAAAAAAGGGACACAUCCGUUUGAUGUUUAUAAAACCUAAAAUAAAUUACUGAUGAAUACA